UACCUGAAAUUAGUUGAGCUAUAUUCUCCAGUCGCCAUAAGUUCCGAUGAGUUUCGACGUUUUCGUGCCAAGUUUUGUUUAGUUGUUGUAUAAUAAGAAAAGGUUCUCGUGAAAUUUCACAUCACAAAAGUGUUUUGCUGCUUCCUGAAUAUUUAGCCCGUCCAAACGGACUGUGGCCCUUAAAACUGUUUGGAAUGCGCUAGCAAGCCAUUGCUAGAGUGAGAGACGGUUUAAAAAUGCAAAAUUGGAGUCAAUGGCAAUUGUCAGCUGGUGCUGUCGCUACUCCAAUGCCACAACCACCAGUUGGUUAUGCUGCGCCAGGAGCAGAUCCUAUGGCUAUGAUGCAAGCAUAUAUGCAGUAUUAUAAUCAGCCUGCACCUAGCGGAUACACAGCAGAACAAUGGGCUGCAGCUCAACAACAAAACUGGACUCAGUGGCAGCAAUGGCAGCAACAAUAUCAACAGUGGCAGGCACAAUAUGGAGAGAAGUAUCGAACAAUGAAACACAUGUCAACCCAGAAUAUGAGCUUAGCCAAUCAGAUGCCUCAAUUACCAAUUGUACAACCCCCACCACCUCUUCCGAAAGAGGAUACGAAACCACCAUUACCUCCAACUACUAUGAACACAUAUCAAUUUACAAGCAUGCCUCCGCCGCAUCAAAAUAAUCUUCCAUUAUUUCCUGUUAAGCAAAACGCGAAUACUCCAAUGCAACAAACGAAUAUACAAAAUUGCCCUCAGAAUCCUCCUUUACCUCCAAAUCAGCCACCAUUACCUCCUGAAAAUAGCAAUAUUAGUAAAGAAAAUAAUUUAAAUGGUAAACGCAAUAAUAACAUUGAUAGUGAAUCUAAUAGUGUUAAAAAGUUGAAAGUCGAAGAUGAAGAAUUAACUGAAGCAGAGAAAACAUUUGACGCUCAAUUUAAACAGUGGGAGGAGCAAUUUAAUAAGUGGAAACAGCAAAAUGCUAAUCAUCCAGAUAAGACUCAAUAUAAACAAUAUGAAGCAAAAUGGACAUCUUGGCGAGAGAAGCUUAUCGAAAGACGUGAACAAAUGCGUAGAAAACGUGAACAACAAAAGCAAACUACUGUCAAAACAGAUGUCGAAAAGAAUAAAAAUUUGCCUGGUGAUGAUAAGAUAUUGAAUAUUUUGUCUAGCACUGAAAAUCAAGGAUUGAUUAACAAUUUAUUAGGAAUUGGAAAAACUCUUGGUUUAACUGGAAAACAAAAUAGUAAUGUACCUCCACCGCCACCGCCACCGCCACCACCAGCUACAGAAACAAUAACAUCCAAUGUUCAAACAGCGGCUACUAUAACAUCAUCUUCUCAAACAGUUUCACAGGCAUCAACUGCUCAGUUACCAGUUAUGAAUAUGAUAUCUUCUAACGUAAUGACUUCGUCACCUUGGAAUUCUCAGCAAUGGGCAUCGCAAUAUAAUACAGGAGUACCUAAUUUUCCUAAUUUUCAAACUAUGACCGGGGUACCUCCACCUCCAUUCAGUAUGCCGCCAAUUCAGAUGCCACCCCCAAACUUUACGCAACCACCACCAAAUUUUCCUGCUGUACCAAAUUUUUCUCAGCCACCUCCGGGUUUUGUUAACAAUGAUUCACGACAGAAUCAUAAUGUACGGCCACCGAUUCCACCUAUGCAAGGAAGGCCAUCUCCGUUUGGUUUGAAUGCUGGUAAUGUUCCAGAUGGGAAUUCGAUACAUAACGAACGUCAGAAUCAAGCUGGUCCUAUAAAUAAUUUCGAUUCUGCGGGCCAUAUAAAUAAUUUUAGUGUAAAUGAUCCUAUUCGACAAAAAGGUGUACCGACAGAACGUUUCGGUUCGGAUGGUAUUAACGAUCAACAAACUAAACAAUAUCGGUGCAAUGAUAUGUUUAAUCAACGAAAUGAAAAUUAUAAAUUAAACGGUGAAUGUGUAUCCGAAAAUGAUCAAUUUAGAAGAGAAGAUAGAAAUUAUCAAGAACGUGGGAACAAUCAGUUUAAUCAACAGAAGAUGAAUUUGAACAACGAUAGAUUUGUUUCCGGAAAUGAUCGGUUUGGGCCAGGAAACAAUCGAUUCGGUAUAACUAAUGAUAGAUUUGGAUCUGGAAAUGAUCGAUUUGGAAUGCCAGAUGAUCGAUUUGGAUCUGGAGACAACAGAUUCAUUGCUGGAAAUGAUAGAUUUGGAAGUGAUAGGAUUGGAGGACAAGGAAAUGAAUCUCUUAAUGAUCGUUUCGGAUCAAACAACGAUCGAUUUGGUCCAAAUAACGAACCUUAUGGUCCUGGAAGUGAUAGAUUUAAUAGGAAUAAUAUAGAUCGUUUUGAACAAAAAGAUGUAGGAGAUAAUAGGCGCGAUAAUUUUCAAAAUGCUUCAAGAGGUUUCAACAGGAAUAAUAAUCAAUUUGAAUCACCACCCGAUAAAUUUGCUCUAGAAUUGAAAAAACUUAUGGAAAAAAGAAGAGCUGCAAUAGAUAUAUUCAAACCCAGUUAUCUUGAUUCUGAUAAAAGUAGUAAUGUUGGUUCAUUAAGUGAAAGUUUCAAGAAAAUUACAGGUGAUUCUCCAUUCAUAAAAUCUGCUGGAAAUCAAAAUUUUGGGCCUCGUGGACCUUCCAAUUUCGGACCAAGUGGACAAGGUAACUUUAGAAUGGCUGGAGAUUUUAAAUUUCAAGGAAAUCCCGAAUUUGGAUCACGUGGUACUACAGGAAUUGGACGCAACAACUCUUUCGAUUCACGGGAUGCUUCAACUGGAAUAACUUCAUUCAAAGGACCGAAUUUUAGUCCACAGCAAGUACAAGAUUUUAUAAAUACCGAAUCAAGACCAAAUAUGGCGAAUCUUGAAACCGAUACAAAUGCGAAUAAUGAAAAUAAAACUGAAUCUAUCACUGUAACAGAACAUAGUGAUAUAAAUAAUUCUAAAUCGAGCGAUCAAAACGUCGAUAAUACGCAAAAGGAGGAUACAGAGAAUCAUUCGGUUCAAAAGGAUAUCUUAUUGUUAGAAAAACCACCUUGGGUUGACUCUCAACUUUCUGAAGAUAAUUUGUUGCAAAAGGAUAACAUUAAGAAAGAAGAAAUUCCAUCUGGUAAAUAUGACUCCUCUGAACAGAAUCUACAGAAUACGUUUAAAGAACAAACAGAAGUAAAACAAGAAUUAUCUAAUAAAGAUGGUGAUGAUAAUGAAAAAAAAUCGGAAGUAUUACCUUUUAUGGGAGAAAACGAUCCAAAACCGGAAGAUUUAAAUAUGGAACCGCCACCUGAAUUACCUAAUUUGGGCCCUAUUUCUACUUCUAACGAACUUAAUAAUGAUUCUCUACAACGAACAGACGAAUCGUACGAGACAAAGGAAUCUUCUUUAAAAUCGUUCCCAAACAAUCCAAAUCCUGAAUGUUUUGAUCCUAGAGGACCAUUCGUUUCAACAUUCGGACCAAGAGGAAUGCAAUUUAGACUAAAUGCACCUUUCUUGAGUCCCAAAAGUCCUAAUGACAUUAGAUUUCCUAUAUUUGAGCCAUUUAAUUCUUCUGGUCCAAAUUCGUAUCCAUUAGGCUCCCGAGGAUCUAGCGAUGGACAAUUUGGUCCAAGAGGUUCUAAUAAUGGACAAUUUGCUCCUCGAGGUCCUGAUGGACAAUUUGGUCCUAGAGGUGGCAAUGAUGGAAUAUUUGGUUCAAAAGGUUCUAAUGAUGGGUUAUUUGGACCUAGAGUUGAUAAUCAAUUGGGUUUAAAACCUCCUAAUAAUGUACAGUUUGGUCCUAGAUCUUCGAAUAUUGGACAAUUUGGUCCGAGAUACGAUGGCCAGUUAGAUUUAAGAAGACCUAACGAUGGACAAUUUGGGCUUCAAGGACUGAAUAAUAGGCCAUUUGUUCCCGGUAGACCAAAUGAUCCAUUAUUUGAUAAUCGAAAUCCCUGUGAUUUACAGUUCACGCCUAGAGGACCUAGUGAAGGACAGAUUAGAUUUUCAGGACCCAAUGAUAGGCUUUUUGGUUCGCGACGCAAUGAUUCAUCUUAUCAACGAAGUUCAAAUAAUUCGAAAGCAAUAAAUGACGGAUUAUUUCCAAAUAGAUUUAAUGAAAAACAAUUUGAUAAUUCUACCGAUGGAUGUUUUGUUGUCCGAUCUUCAAAUGAUACGUACUUGGGUCUACGAGGUCCACUUAAUAAUUCGAAUGAUAAUUCUUUUCAAUCUCGGGGUCAAGGUGACAGAUUUUUUGAUAAUAGACAAAUUGAUGUUAGGGGAAUUGAAGAAAUUAGAUCGAAAAGAUCACUCGACAACAAUUCUGAUUCUAAAAUUCACGGUAGUUCGGAAGUAAGUGGAGGAGGAACGUUUGAUAAUAAUGAAAAAAUAUCGAUCGAUGAAAAUAUGCAGCAGGGAAAAUUUGAUUCUAACGAUACGCAGAAUCCAGGAUGGAGGCAAAUAUAUUCGAAGAAUAGUUUUGGAGAUAUCGAUCAAAGAUCCGGACGAGGCUAUCCUGACAAAUCUUUGCUUGGUCAAAAUGAAACGUUCAAUCAAAAUAUAGGGAAUAAUAUAGAACGACGAUCUCCUUCGGGUGGAAAUAAAUGUAACAUUCCUGAUAGAAGAUUAGAAAGAGAUAAUCGACAAUCUCAAAUUAGAUGUUCGACUGUGAAGGAAUUUUAUAUAGAGAAGCAGUUUAAUUACAAUCAUGGCGGGGCCGGCGGUGAAAAAAAAUUUAUCGAGCAUAUACCUGCUAAAAUAAUUGACUAUGCUCAUACUUCUCGAUCAUCGAUUCAAGAUCAUUUAACUCCUGUGCAAUGCUUUGAUUAUGGACAUGGUAAUUUGAAACCAUUAGUGCCAGAAAAUGAGGUACAACCAAAAAAAGAUUUCAGAAAUUGGGAAGAGAAUGAGCAAAAUUUGAAAGAAUAUACCGAGAGAAUAAAGAAUUACGAAUAUCAUGCGGGUAAGACAGAAUUUAACCGAUUACAAGGAGAUUACAAGCAAAGAAGAAAUAGCGAAGAAUUUAUAGAUGAUAGAAAAUUUGAAAGAGGAGAACGCAAAGAAAAAGAAGAAUAUAAAGGAAAAGAACGCGAAGAUAGGAUAUUAUUGAUCAUACAAAAUCUGAGAAAGAUCAAGAUAAUCGGUAUGACAAGAAUUCUACUAAAGAGAGAACGCGGGAAAGAUGUGAAACUUCUCAAAAGGAAAUGAAUAAAGAAAAUGAUAAAGAAGAAGACAGAUCGAAAGGAAAUAUAAACUGGCAGGAGAAUUCAAA